GUACUUCCUGUUCACCGCGUCAAUCACAACGGACACAAAGUCACCAAAUAUGUUGCACCAGAAGGGGAGAGUGGAAGGAAAGGCAUACAUCCCCUGCAUUUCUUCAAGAUCUGCUGGUCCUCAACGAGCAAUGCGUCUCGGGCAGUCAACGUUCUGUGGCCUGUGGUGCCAGCCGCUUUAGCUGUUCGUUAUGCUCGGAGUGACCUACAUCUUGCGAUCUUCAUUCUCAAUUACAUUGCCAUGGUUCCCUGUGCCAAUCUCAUUGGAUUUUCGGGCCAGGAAUUAGCAAGAAAAUUGCCCCGAGUAUUCGGUAUCUUGUUAGAGACUACGCUUGGAUCUAUUGUUGAGAUAAUUCUUUUCAUGGUUCUUCUCAAACACGAGCAAUACCCGGUCAUACAGGCUGCAAUCCUAGGGUCCAUACUGGCUACUUUGCUUUUGUGUCUUGGAUUGUGUUUCUUCGUUGGUGGUAUGAGACGGGAUGAGCAGACAUUCCACGAGACAGUCAGCGAGGUUGGCACUGGAUUGCUCUUGACAGCUGGAUUCGGCCUUGCAAUUCCAACUGCCUUCCAUUCUGCUCUCACCAAUAGUGGCAUUACCUCUACCAUCUUGGAUGAUAAAGUUGUCUCGAUUUCUCGCAUCGCUUCGAUUCUUCUUAUUAUUGCCUACGCGAUUUACAUCUGGUUCCAAGUGCGGACACACCACGGCAUAUACGACGAUAUUCUCGAAGCUGACGAGCUGAGAGACGCUGACCGUCACGAGGAUUUGCACAAAGAUAAGCUCACGUUCACUGAGUGUAUCGUUGCACUCACCAUUUCUAUCGCAUUGGUUACUAUUAUUGCUAUCGGAUUAGUAGAACAAAUUUCGUUUAUCGUUGAAUCUCGUGGCAUUUCGGACGCGUUCGUCGGAUUGAUCCUCGUUCCAGUUGUUGAGAAAGCUGCUGAGCACCUUACUGCUGUUGACGAAGCAUGGGACAAUCAAAUGAACUUUGCUUUGUCGCAUGUGCUUGGGGCCACAAUCCAGACGGCACUCUUUAAUGCACCUCUUGUUGUGAUUGUUGGCUGGGGCCUGGGCAAACCAAUGGACCUACAUUUCGAGAUAUUCGACAUUGUCGUACUGAUCCUUGCGAUUCUUGUUGUUGGCAAUUUCCUAAGGGAUCAGAAGUCGAACUACUUGGAGGGCGCUCUUUGUGUCAUUGUGUAUAUGAUCAUAGCUGUGGCCGCGUACCACUACCCAACACUGACUCCAGAAACAACGACACCAACCGAAUAG